AUGUAUCGUCCAUCAUUUUAGUGGUCUAAGCUGUCGUUCUUGGAAAUCUUGAAAACGUUCAGUGCAAUGUGAAUUAAAGCCUGGGAGAGUCUUCGUAGCGAUAAUUUGCCUUCUCGAUUUUUCGUGAUAACUUCGCUUUUAUUUAACUAGAAGAUGAAGUUUCAUUCCGCAAAUUUAUGCUUCCGUCAGAUUCAAUUCCCUGAGGCGUCCAAUCUCUGUUGAACUUCGGGAAUGGGAGUACUGAAUCGUACCCACUUGCCUAGGAAGAUUUCUUUCGCACGCAAGCACUUCAUUUUGUGACUCUCAGAGUCUCAGCUUGAACUUUUGAAAAACGAACGAACAGCCGUCAGUCAUUCAAGAUGGAAACUUGGAAUGUCGUCAAAGAAUAUUACGAUGAUCUGAUGAUGAAGAAAAGCGACAAGCGUGUUGAGGGAUGGCUGAUGAUGAGCAGUCCCGCUCCUACCGCCUUGGUUUGUUUGGCUUAUGUUUUCGUCGUGAAAGUGUUGGGUCCGAGAGUCAUGAAGCAUCGUGAUCCGUUCAGUCUCAGGACCAUUUUGGUUGUAUACAACUUGAUUCAGACUCUUUUUAGCGUUUGGUUGUUCCAAUAUAUUUUUUUUUCCGGUUGGUUCCAGAAUUACAGUUUGAAAUGCCAACCUGUGGAUUAUUCAGAUGAUCCGCUUGCUGUGCGAAUGGUACAUGCGUCUUGGUGGUAUUACAUGUCGAAAUUUAGCGAAUUUUUUGACACGAUAUUUUUUGUGCUGCGGAAGAAAUUUGAGCAUGUAUCUGCCCUGCACGUUGUUCAUCAUGGAAUCAUGCCGAUGAGUGUUUGGUUUGGAGUCAAAUUUACCCCUGGUGGUCAUAGUACGUUUUUUGGCCUCAUCAACACCUUUGUGCAUAUUGUGAUGUAUUUCUACUACCUGGUGGCAGCCUUGGGUCCGAAAUAUCACAAGUAUCUGUGGUGGAAGAAAUACCUGACCUCUUUGCAGAUGGUGCAAUUUGUUUGCAUCAUCACCCAUGCUUUCCAGCUACUUGUUGUUGAAUGCGACUACCCGAAGGCAUUCGUGUGGUGGAUAGGAGGCCAUGCUGUGCUUUUCUUUUUCCUCUUCCUCGAUUUCUUCAGGAAGGCUUAUGUGGCAACUGAAGCGUCUUCCAAGAAAAAGAAGAGCAAAUUUAGUCGAAUGAUUCCUUGUUUCAUGGAUGCGGAUCAUGCGCUGGAAAUCAACGGGAAGGUCAGUGUCAUUCAAUCAACGAUCGGUGAUUAUUUUCCUGCCUAAUUGUAACUAUCAAUGAGCAUGACGUGCGGAUGCUUAAAUUAUAUAAAAUUCUAGCGGAAACUUCACUUAAGCUAGAAAUAAUUAUCGUAUUCGCUAACUCGGAGCUAUUUGGAGCUUUCUUUGUCGGGUUUUACUGACGUCUCAAUCGGCUUUUCCAUGCUUGGAGCAUCGAGUUUUUGCAUACAGGCCAAGUUCGAUGCUAUAAAUAUUCUGAGGUUCAUGCGAAGUGAGCUAACUUUUAAUUGAAGCUGCACAUGACUGAAAAAUUCAGGCGUUGUGUGAAUAAGUGUCCGUUUCGUGACUUGUGAUUUACAAACUUGUGGUUUUUCGUUACUAAUUGUGGCAUAUCCGCAGGCGAAAGAUGGGCAUCUUUUUUCUAAGAAUGUUCGUGUCGAGGACUCGCCAAAGUUGAGGGCGAGACCGAGAUUCUCGAAAGCAGAGAAAAAUGGUCAUUCUCGAAGAAAAUGGGAGGAGUGAUUGUCCUGGGAAGAAGCCACCUGUGAACUUCUCGUGUUUUGCCGAAUUCGAAUCUUCCAUAUGUUCAUGUAACCGGAAUCCAUAUUUUUCCCUAAUUUUUCGUAAUUUUAAUUUGCACCUAUUUGUACCCUUGGUGAUUGAGAACCGUCACUGCCAUCUGGUUUGCUGUGCGUUCUUUUGUCCUGUUCUGUUCAACAAUUGCCAGUUCCAGCUUAUUCCUUAUUGUGGCAUUUGAGAGAAGGCAUGCGUUUCAGCAAUCUAGUUACUUAUUUUCUGAUUCAUGCGAGUUUUUGAGAAGGUGCGAGUGAAGUCACUCAUGAGCAUCGCUGAGCUUUAUGUUCUCCUGUGUCUGGGUGGUUUAUUUACCCUCGUAGAACUCGCGCUCGGAAGGCAUCAUUGAUUCUGUGAUUUGUUUGCUGUAGAGCGGAGGGUAAUUAGUCGUCCAGCUGUCGGCUUUCUCAUCUUAGAGGCAUUGUGAAACCACUGAGACUUGAUUCGAGUCACGAUAAUACUUGCAGCGCACGCAUCGAUUUUUGCAUGAGACUCACUUGAACAAGUGCCAAGGCGUUUGCGUGCGGUUUUUUUUUUCUUCUGUUAAUUCACGCCGGUGUGAAGUGGGAAACGGAAGCUUUUUCUGUUUUCCGUGAGCUAAUAUUUUCUGUUAGCUGAGAGGGGAUUUUUCAGACUGCGUCCGUCAAGUAUGGAGAGGAGUUGAUGGGGAAGCUUGAGGCCACUUCUGCUGGUUACUGUGAUCCGGCUUGCAAAUGCCAGGAUGCGAGGUUUUUAUCGCGGUUUGACAUGCGUUUGUUUAUAGGCAUGUUGAGUACGAUUACCUUAAUUCGUUCGAGAGAAUCAAGAGACAAAGAGGAAAAAAGUUCAAUAAAAAAUCUGAUUUGAGCACUUUGUUUUGCUUGUAUCAUGUCGUAUCCUUUUGAUAUGUGGCCAAGCUCACCCCAAUUUCUCGGAAGGUCCAACGUUUGCUUUUCUGCUGAAACGCUGGGCUUUGGUUCAGCAGUGUUAUGGAUAAAAAAUUUUCGGCGUUAUUCUCCCACCGCUUGUUGUUGGUUUUGGGGGAAAACCGGCUAUCUGUUGAAACUUUUGGAAAACGAAAGAAAUCUAAAAAGAAUAAUUCUAUCUUCCUGGUUUUUGAAUUUUUUUCGUGGCUUGUUUUGCGUUUUUGUGGCUUGAACCAUGUCUCGUUUGCAGAUGAGUAGCAAGUAUUUGAAGCUACAGUCCGUUGGCAGGGGAUCAUUUGGGGUGGUCUACUUGUGUGAGUCGGUGGUGGACAAGUCGAGAGUGAUCAUGAAGGAAAUCCCGGCGGAAGGAAUGACCCAGAAGGAGCAAGACGACUCGAUGGUUGAGGCGACAGUGUUGUCUAUGCUGAAUCACCCGUAUAUCGUUCGCCACUUCGAAAGUAUUUUGGAAGAUAAAGCACUGAAAUUGAUAAUGGAAUACAUGCCUGGUGGGACGUUGUUCAGUCUGAUUCAGGCAAGGAAUGGACAAUUGUUGCCGGAAAAGCUUUCAACGUUGUCUUCCUCACUUGAUGCUUCUGCUCAAUACCGGUUGAAGGCUGUGUUGUUCUGGUUCUCACAACUCGUUCUUGCCUUGAACCACGUUCACUCGAAGCACAUCCUCCAUCGAGAUUUGAAGACGGCGAAUGUUUUGCUAAGCGCGGAUCUGACUGUGUUGAAGUUGGGGGAUUUCGGUAUUUCAAAAAUCCUGGCGAGUAAGAGCAAGGCGCUGACUGUGGUCGGAACGCCUUGCUACAUCUCACCAGAGCUGUGUGAAGGCAAGCCUUAUGCCGAAAAAUCCGAUAUCUGGGCACUGGGCUGUGUUCUGUACGAAAUGAUGACUCUGAAGAAAGCUUUCGAAGCCACGUCGUUGCCGGCAUUGGUGAUGAAGAUAAUGCGCGGGCAAGUGCAGCCAACACCUGAUGAAUAUUCCAGUCAACUUAGGGAUUUGCUGCCGUCGUUGUUGAGUCUGGAUCCUAACAAGAGACCGGAUACGGAACUGUUGAUGUGUCACCCGCUGCUGCUGUCGACUGUGUCGCGACUGCGCUUGCGCUGUGGAGUGCCGACCCUGUAUCCUGACCUCGUGGAGUCAGACAGAUUAUCUCUACUUGGGUUUUGAGUCAUCCACUUUUCUUGUGUUUUUUUCGCAAGUUGUAUAGCACUGCUUCAUUUCGUGCUGUGUGCCGCAUUUCACGUCACCAGAGCAGAUAUUUCUUGGAAGAUGUAAUUUUUCCACUUGCUUCGCACGAACGAUUUUUGGUUUGUGAUGCAAUCAAUCCCGAAAUGAUAACUUUUGAAAUGCACAAAAUAUCGUACUUUAGCGGAAGUGCUCCCUCGUGUGCUUCUUCCGACGGUGUGGGAAAGAAACCGUGUUCGAAACGUUUUUCUGUGAUGAUGGAAUAAUGGAACUGCAGGAUUUUUGAGCCUUCUCGAA